AUGUCCCCAUCAGCUAUCGCCUCAAUCUCCGACUCGGAUUUCCUGGCGCUGGCAUUGGGAAGUGACCAGCAGCGUCCGAAAGAGGAUGAGGUCAUUCCCAUCAAUCCGGCACGGAACGGCAUCAACUCACGUUUCCAAGGUGCAACGAAGAAUUAUUACGGAAAGACUGACCCCGGCAAUCUCGAUUCGAGACACUGGAACACGGGUGGAACAAAUUUGGGCGGCACCACCAUGAGGGAGGCCCAUCUAAAAGUGGACGGGGGCACCAGAUCGGUUCUUGGGAAGGCCUUACGGGACGCCCGCAGCCGAAACGAGCUGUGGCACAAAAUUGGUGCCCCACCAACGUCUUCGUGCCGUGGAGACGCUAUUCGCCAUGCCGUUUUCCGUGAACAGCAAUGCAAAUUGGCCAUAGAGUCCUUUGAUCAAAUGCCUCUUUUGGCACCUUAA